UCCUGGCAGAAGAAUAUUAUGGCUUGUGCCGUGGCGACCUGGGUGAUAGCAGCGGUAUUCGUCGGGCUGCGAUUCUACUUGAGGGGGCAUAUUUUACACGUCCUCGGCUGGGAGGACUGGGUUAUUCUGCUGGCGCUUGUGUUCUCGGCUGCACAUUCUGCUGGUUAUAUCACCGAUGCGUACUUUGGGCUGGGCAGGCACGCGGCGUCCCUCUCGGCGGCGGAGUUGCAGACGGUGACUGAGAUAUAUUGGUUCGCCCUACUGUGGUUUGCCAUCACAGUCUUUGUGACGAAAGUCUCAAUCCUGUUGCUUUAUAUGAGGACAUUGACCCAUACUUGGGUUCAAAAGACCUUGAAAUACUUAAUGGCCAUGGUCGUCCUCACGAGCAUCACUGGCCUUGGCCUUAUCUUUACAUCAUGCAUACCACUGCAGGCCUAUUGGGACGCGAGUAUAAAAUCUGCGUAUUGCCACUCUAUACAGGCCUACUACGCCAUCCUGGGGAUUCAGCUAGGGAUGGACUUCUUCACCUUUUUACUGCCACUUCCUGUAAUCUGGUCCAUGAAGGCUCCCAAGGACCAGAGGGUUAUGUUGCUCAUGCUGUUCUCGUUUGGGUUCUUCAUCUGCGUCGUCUCCAUCAUCCGCCUGACAGAGCUCACCUCGACCCGACACGAUGUAGAUUACACCUACGACAGCGCGACCAUCGACUACUGGUCCAUGAUCGAGGCCAACACGGGCAUCGCCUGCGCGUGCAUCAUGACCAUGAAGCCACUCUUCCGGCGCAUCGUGCCAGGAUCCACGACGAGACGGGGCGAGACCACCCAGGACCCCUUGGGCUUCGGCAACCAGGGCUUCCAGAACACCAUCAACCCGCCGACGAUCGGGUCCAAGCCGUCGCGGCCC